AAAACAUAAAAAAAGGGGAAAGAAUUAGUUAUUAGAGGAAUCAUCUUUCACGUCUUGAGAAUUUUGAUCACCAGAAAAUCUGUCGUUUUUAAUGGCGAGUGAAGGAGGGAGAAACCAGGAGAAGUUCGUUUACAGGAUAAGCACUGCCAAAGAAUGGCAAGAAUUACAAACUAAUGGUUUCACUUUUGGUGCCCACCUUGACAAAUCUACUGCUUGCUUUCAUCUAAGCACUUUUCUUCAGGUACAGCCAACUUUACAAAGAUUUUUCACAGACACUGAUCAGGAAUUAUACCUGCUUCAAGUUGAUUCUAACAAGCUUGGAGAUGGAUUGAUAUAUGAGCUUGUGGAGGGGACCCAUUGGUUCCCACAUUACUAUGGGCCUUCGCGUAGUUUUUCACCUCUUCCUCUAGAUGCUGUCACAAGAGCAGAGAAGAUCACUUUCUCAAAUGGCAAGUUCAAUUGCAGCUUGCUUGAUUAGGAUGUUCUGCAGAGAUAGUGUGCUUCAAAUGUUCUUGUCAUGUCCGCUUAUUGCUAUAAGAACCUCUGUUUAUUGGGUUUACAAUACACUAUAAUGGUGAAUAUUUCUGCUUCUGAAACAUGGGAUCAUCUUGGUUGAUCAUUGAUUUCUGUAACUUACCAGUUUGUGUAUAUUAUUUGUAAUAAUUUUUCCUAGAAACAUUGAGGAAUACUCCAUGCUGAAAAUUUCAUUGAUUUCUUGCAA